UUUUAUCGAAUUCCGAAAGAGGGCGCAUUAUCAAGCAGGAUUUCUUGAAUGUGUAAGGGGUGCGAGUUCACUCCCUGUUGGUUUCCUGUUACUGUGAAGCGAAACUGACAACAUAGCCGUCUUCUGCUGCCGACAUGUUCCCAUAGCAACGAGGUGUCAGUUUGAACAAAGCCUCUAAGCACCCUGGUUCAUUCAAGAUUCGUCACCGACAGACUCGCUCAUCAUGGAGAACCUUCGCAAGCACCUUUCGUUCGGCGGGUCCAACUUUUAUAAGGUGUCCAAGUCGGUGCCGCCGGUGACGGGGGUGACGGCCGGCGCCCCGCCGGUGGCGGCGGAGGGCCUCGCGCAGUUCCACGCGGUCGUGGCACCCUCCAUGCAGGCGGAUGUGCAGGAGAUCGCCGUCAGCGCGGGCAGCUUUGUCGACGAGCUGAAUGCACUCUGUGGAGCUGGCUCCCAGCUUGUGCUGAAGCUCGCCGCCACGCUCAAGCUGUCGCCCUACUCAGAAGCUGCAGGACAGCUUCAGCAUGCUCUGACGCAGCUCUGUCAAGCGGUGAGCGGCUCCGGCAGCCACUUCAGGUCAGAGCUGGAGAGCAGCCUGCGCACGCUGCGCGGUAAACUGAAGUCGCCCAUGCCAGAAGAUGAGCGGUCGCCAGAAAAUCUCAAGCUCAUCGCUGGGUGCCUCGUCUCCUUCAUCCAGCUGCAGUGUCAGCUGUGUGCAUCCGCCCAGGAGGUGCUCGAGCGAUUCUCGCGCUGCACGACCCCCGGCGACCUUGCGUCGAGCCCGACGCGCACGCCGGACCCGGCGCCCCGCAACCCUGCCCACGCGUCUAUGCCUAGUCUGGCCGGCCAGGCUGAGCAGAUGGUGCAGGGCCGGCCGCCCUCCGGCAAGUCUCGCGACUCCCUCCAGAGGGCGGCGUCGACGCAGUCGCUGCCCGCGGGCGACGACGCCGCGCAGAAGAAGCGCCACCUGAAGCUGGUGGGGAAGGUCAGCGGGGGAGGGGGAGGAGGUCAGUACCACGCACCGUCACCGGAGUACGCCGGGGAUGCGGCCACGCCGGAGGCGGAAGCCGAGCAGAAACGGGAAGGGAGGGAGACUCGGCAGGGAAACAACAGGGUGCAUCCCGAUGUUACGCCGGCUGGUGAUGAGAUCCAGGAUGUGAUUGACUUUCUCUCUGGUUGCCGUGGGCAACAGCCUCAGUACCCACAGUACUUAGGAUGUCAGAUGGAGAAUAUACCAGAGCAUGAGCUGCAGAGUUCGGACGGCUUUCGGCCGAGCGAGAUCAUGCUCAGACAUCGCACGCUGGCGACGUCGUACAGUAACAGGAGUGCUGAGAUGAGGAAGCGAGAGCUGGGAGUUGCCACGAAGCCGCCGGAUCCCGGCCGGCAGACGUGGCCACGCAUGCCGCAGCGUGACGACCCCUACGGGGCGUACGGAGGCGGCGGCGGCGGCGAGAGCUCGAACGAACAGAUGGAGUUUCAGCAGUACAUGAAAUCGGUCCAGCACAUGACACUGACCAGCGGUCAUCCAUACGGCAACCAAUUCUACCAGUCACUCUUCCAGUGGCCCCACCCUGGGAGUCUCGACCCUCAGAAGAUAUGGACGCCACAACCAAAUAGCCAGCACUGGGCAGGAAGCUUGGCUGGCAGCGGGCAGGAGAAGGACAAAGACAGUGGCAGCUCGAGUGACGAGACGUCAUCGUACAACGGCCAUGACGGUGACGUGUUCGCGGUGGCUGGAAUCCUGGCUGGACCAGACCUACUGGCUGCUGGCAGUCAUAGAAGUAGACGUCACAGCAGCAGCGAUGGAAUCGGUGAGGGGCCUGUGGAGUUGGUGAGACGAAAGAGCGUCGACGACUUGAGAAUGGAAGCCAAGUCGACUAACACGUGGCCCCCACAGCAAGUAUGGGGAAAGACUGGAGUCACAGCAAGUCCUGGCUUGAUGCCAGGUGCCGUAGACGCCAGUGGCUCCACACCGUGGCAACAGAACGAACUACCACAGGGUGGCUUUACUUAUUUGCCGACUUCAUUUGGCCAGCUAACCUGAUCGUCUUAGGAUGCAGUUUUCUUUGCUAUCCUUUGCUAUCCUGCGCCUAUAUUUUGCACGGGACUGCUAUGCCUUACUUGCCACCAUAUCUCUGCACCAUUUUUUUACAUCGUAAUUUUACUUGUGUGCUAAAGAUGAACACGUAGACUGUGUGGGUAUGCAACAUACCCAUGUUGAUCCUCACGUUAUAUGCCUUGAAUAAUCUCUUAUCUAUUCUGUGUGUGUUUGCGUGUAGGUACGCGUUAACGAAAAUGAAUCGUUGUCCCCCACUCCACGUGUGUUGGUUCUGUGCGUAGAACCGUACGCAUGCAAUUCGGUGUCGUAAUCGCUAUAGAGUGGUCACAGUCGCUGUACUGUGAUCACGUGAUGAGAAUAUAUAUCACGGUUCCCCGUGUAGUAGUAGACCCACCGCUGGCGGCGCAGUUUCUCCUCUGGUGAGUCAUAGCUCGGUCUGGCUUAGUUAAUACCUGAUCGACGUAGGUGUAGUGAGUAGUUUAGGGAGCUUACGUUACAUCGUAUUCUCUCAACGUGCAUUGGGCUGAAUAAUUUUUGGCAUCAAUUUUUUUAUGGCAGAGAGUACAUGGGGAACUGUGAGUGAAUGUUUUUUGUGAAUAUCGGGGUCUGAUUAUAGGGUAACCUAUUCAUUUCGUUGGUCGAUGUGGUGAAACAGGCCAAUCUAAAGCAUCCACCUAACCCUGCACCCUUGUGUUUGCCAUCCCGCGGAUGUUGUUUUCAUUAUGAGAAUUUGCGUGAUCACAUGCAGACGAGCUGACACGAUGACGUAUUCGUAGUUUGUGGGACUCGCUGUGUGUAUGACAGGUCGGUCUAUGAGACUGGCUGUAACCUUGAGAGUACGAGCUGUGCUCAGACUCGUGCAAGUUCUUGUUUGGGUGGGUGUAUCGUUAAAUAUAUACUGACUGAUUUUAGUACUAGCGUUAAAAGGUUGUGCGUAGCAUUACGAUUGUAUUCACCCGGCUGUGUUAUGGCAAUAUAUAUUAGAGUCUCUCUGAGUGCCAAGGUGAAGUCCAGUUUGAGGUUGAAAACAGGAAGACAUAAGUGACGUGUCUAGACGAUUGUAAAGGUGGAAUACAUCUGUGAAGAGGGUAAUUACGUGCUAGAUAAGAAGAUAAACGAGAUCAAUCAGCAAACCUCAAUGUAUCCCUAAUGCAGUCUGCCAGUGCGAUUAAUCACCAGUUAUCAAGUGUGAUUCAUUCUAAUAUCUCGGAAGCACGUGUACACAUCUAAAAGUAGAGUAUGGUUAAGGUUUAAUGUUUCUGUAGCUGGUGAUAUAGAAAGGAUCAAUGGAGUCGAACGUUUUUCCAUUGCAUCACAGAAAUUAAGCAGUCCAGAGAAUUCCUUGCUAGGUACACGUCACCAUGAGCUCAUACACUCGGUGCUAGAUUUCAUUUUAAUGUAACAUUAGCGUAGCACACAUCCAAUUAUCAUGCCAUUUAUCAGUAGACAAUCAUGUACACCAAGAUUAGAUUGACAAAAAAAACUGCACAAAAGACUUAGCAGGUUGAAAUAUUUCAUCGAAAUUUCUGCUAGGCAUUGACAGAAGAUAUAGCAUACCUAGCUUGGGUCUACAGGUUCAUAUGCUUUCCUAUAUGAGUGUACUGAUUUCAAUACGAUAACUCAAAUGAUUAUAUAUAAAAAAUGGUAUCUUUCUUGUAUCGUCUGGGAUCUCUGGCCUUUGGUUUAGGGUUUGCAUCAACCGUACUUUCUGGAAGUAAAUACGUAUACACCGUCAUCUUAGUUGAUGCAAUUGCAAGUGUAUCUUCGGGACAGUAUUGGCCUACUACUAUUGGGUGAUCGCCGCAGAGAAAGGCAGUGUUCGUACUGCUACAGCGGUACAUGUGUGCGUACGCAGAGGCAGAAUGAGCUCGGUUCGUGACAGAGUACAGUACAGAAAGUAAAUUGCUCAUGUCUGAAGCGCAUAACGAUGCCCGUAUAACGCUCUGCGUACGAUAACAUUUCUGUCAGUGUAUCGUUUUCCUGGUUUUAUAUUAGCCGUAUAACUUUAUAUUAUGUAGGUGCGCCGCACAACAUCGUCUGUUUAUGGUUCUACAGCCAUCUUCGGGGUUUCGGUAAAAACCUGCCGUGUUUCUGUGAAACUGCGGCGACAGCUGAGCGGUAAUGUGUUGAGGAUGCUGUUGUUGCAUCUUUCCUGUGCUUUUCCUACAGUUAUAACUCAUUCGUAUGUUCAUCAGUUGGUACCAUGAGAGUAACAAAUAAGUAAUUCAUAAAUGUGAUUAGAAUGUGUAAGGGGUCCACGAUAAUGCAUGGCAAAUGUCUACACCAAUUACUACAAUUUCCUCAGGCAUCAGAAUCAUGGCUUCGCCCCCAUCAUACGCACUCACGCACACGCACGCACGCACGCACACACAGCAUGCGCGUACACUGGCAGUGGCAUUCACUGGGUAGUGAGGUGGGCAAUGUAUCUUCGAAGAAGGUGCCAUCUUAACGAUGUGGGCAAGGCGAGCAGUGUACCUGCCUAUUAUUUUCGUUCGUCCAGCUGUUUCCUGGCAGCCCAUCUCUCCGAGGUUGUGACGAAAUGGUCUCAACACACACGCACACGCGCAUGCACGCGCGCGCGCACACACACACACACGCGUGCGCACAACACACACGCACAGCACACAGACACGCACGCACGCGCGCGCGCACACACACCCGCGUGCGUCUGACGCUCGGCAUUAAAGUUUUAAUAUAUAUCAGCUGGCGGAUGUUAAAGUGAUGCUAUUAAACUUACCAGUUCGCAUGGAGUUCAUUAGAUCAGCUCUGGUUGAUGAGGGUUGGCAAGAGAUUUGUCUGCUAAAAAACCUGCGCGGAUGAUAGCACGGAAAUAGUCGGCACCCCGUUACUUAAUGUCUUACUGUAACCGUCUAUAACUCAAGAUAGACACUCGUCAGCCUUUCACGGGGAAUGCGUGUAAGCAUUUGUAAAAUACAGGCGUCCAGGAUUAUUUGAUGCGGGCGUUGGUGUUUGUUUUCACUAGCGGAGACACUACUGUAGCUCAUCUAAACCCCGUGAAUGGAGGGAGAGAGGUAGAGACGACAAUCUCGUGCGUCGUAUCACGCGGUAUUAUCAUUAUGCGAUAUUCAAAAUGCCAUGCCAAAGUUUAUUUGUAUUCGAUGAUAGCAAAAUGUGUUUGUAGUCUAGUACUUUAGUGUGGUCGGUUAAGGUGUGCACACUUACACGGCUCUCGCGUGCUUGCCUAGCCACCGCAUUUUCUUCUUGUUCAAGGAGUAACAAAACUUUGCGUGCCACUGCCUAUGUCUAGCGGCGCAGUAACCACUUCAGAAUCUGACGUAUGAUCAGGGUUGUAGAGAGCUGUGUAGUAGUGACCAGGUCAUGUGAAGGUUGGUGUGGUCAAGAUCAAGCUCAAGGUGCAAAUUAGGAUAUAAUGGCGCAGCUCAUGUCCACCUAUUUUACCAUGUUGUUUUCUAAAGUCAGAAUUAAGUCGUUGUCCGAACAUUGUGAGUAAUGCGUUCGGCUUUAAUGAACGAGAUCCAUACGUGACUCAGGAUGAUGUACCUCUCUCUAUACGCACUUGAUGACUUGUACUUCAGAAAGCGCGUUGCUUACUUGCCUGUCUGCGGCGAAGACUAUGGGCUGUCGUUCAUCCCAUCGCUUAGGCGUGCCUCUUAGCAUACUCACUCUAUUCCAUAUACUUAAGGUUGUUAUCCUUUACUAUCUUGGCGGAACAGCAGUUCACGACAGCAUGUAGUUGAUACUCAUUAGUGAGCGACCAGACUUGUAGCUUCAGUAUUCUAGUGUAUGACCUUGACAAACUGAUGACUCUACGAUCGCAGGCAACAGUUGUUAGGCAACAAGGAGUUUGAAGAGCAGGUACUCGUUCGCUUCAUUAUAUAAUCACACACACGCGUUGGGGCUCGACUCAAAAUAAAGACACCCACAAAACUUAUUCUCUCCUAUGGAAUAAGACACGAUGACUCUUUAUGUGACGUCCAGCAUGGAAUGGAAGCGGAUUCUGGUUGCUCCCUAGGGGAGCGAGUGCUGAAUGUUUCGUCGAAAUUCAAUGACGAUGCGUUAUCAUUCUUAUUCAUGUGUUAGAACGUGUUGGUGUGUUCGUGGCUAGCAGUAAGCUACACUUCUCUAUCUACCUGCAUAUUACGGCUAGAGACGCUGCUCUGCUAAUGAGCUAGAACUAAUUGUGGCCAUGCUACUGCUAAAGGUAGUGUGGUUAUGGUUGCAAACUCAAUUAAAUUUUAAUUAUGGCAGUUAGACCUAUUUUAAUAAUUGGUUGACCAUUUUUCUACUUUUGAUAUGAACGGACAUAGGAGAAUGCAAUGCAAGCUCAUGAAGUGUAACACUCCAGCUGUUUUAAACUUGAGUGAGAUUUAUGUCAUGCGUGUUUUUUUCAACAUCUGCUUCAGACUUAAAAAAAUGCCAUCAGCCACAUCUUGAAUGUAAUGCUGACAUUGUACUCUUCAACGUGUGCUUUUGAAAAAGAAAGUUUUAUGCUUAUGAAUUGUUUUUGCUGAAAGAA